UUUGACCAAAUGGCAUUUUUAUGAGGCAGAUUUAAUCAAAUAUUUUCUUGUUAAAAAGUUUUUCAUAUUUGAGAGGGAGUAUAUCUGGAGAUUUUCAAGGAGGAGGGGUUUAUACUCAUCUUGAAAAAGCCUUAAUUCAAAAGGGAGGAAUGUGGCUAGGUGUACAGCCCAGUGAGGGUAAUGAAUGGAGACCAAGAUCUAUUGGCCUUCCCAGAAAGGUUCCUAAUUUUGUUGGAAGGAUGGAUAUUUGUGAAGAAAUCACAGGGUUGUUGACCACAGAUGAGGAUGACAUAACUUGCCUUGUCACUGUUGUUGCCCCUCCAGGAUUUGGAAAAACUGCACUUGCCAAAACUGUCGGAAACAUGAUACUGAGUCAAGGAAAAAAAGAUGUGAUAUACAUGUGCCUCAGAUCAGUGUCGUCUCUUGCAUGUGCAGCGGAAUACUUGCUAAAGGAAGCAGUUGGUUCUCAUGCUGAUCAGAAAGAUGCAGUUUCACAGCUGAAAAGGUAUUUAACUUCCCUGCGAAAUCCAACAGUGCUGAUUCUGGAUAAUGCUGAAGACUUGCAAGCUGAAGAUGAGUCAAACUUUUAUAAACUUUUGGAGAAUGUUGGUGUCCAUGCCAAAAAUCUUGUCACACUUAUCACGAGCAGGACCCCUAUCUCAACAUUAGAUCUCUGGUCUUUUGCCACCAAACAUUAUCCCCUAAGACCACUAGCUAAUGAAGACUCAUUGCUCUUUCUCAAGAACUGUGUGCCCGACAUCUCACGUCAAAGUGCAAAGGAAUUUGCUACUGCUUGUCGUGGUAUUCCCCUGCUACUGAACAUAACAGCAUCAUUUUUAAAAAAAAAGGCAGUUAACCCUAGUGAUCUCCACAGAAAGCUACAAAACUGUCCUCACAGUUUUCUGAAAGGAAAGAGCCAAAAAAUUCAAGAGUUAAAUUCCCAUCUUAAAGUAUUUUACAACAAUUUACAACCUGAAAUGAAGAAAGUACUUGGUUUUUUGGCUUCCUUCCCAAGAUCAUUUACCAAAGAGGAAGCAAAAGACGUGUUGUUCCCAACUGAGGAUUUCCUAGAUUUCCAGUACAUGCUUGACAAUCUUGAGCAACAUUCACUCGUACAGCUAGAUGAAGUCAACAAUCAUCUAUACUAUAGCUUGCAUCCUCUUGUACAAGCAUUUUGCAAGUCAUCACAGGAAGAGACCUGCAUGGAAUAUAACACAGCCAUUAAACUUUUUUCAAGGCAUUACCUUACACUUCUGCAAGAUCUGAGUGAUAAAUUUAUUGGUACAGAUGGUAAAGUUGCCAUUGACAAAUAUCACAUCAGCAAGACUAACAUCAUUCAUGCGCUUGUAGCAUCAGUUGAAGAAGGGGAUGAUCAGUUAAAGCGUGAUGGACUGACCAUCUCUACCAAUGCUGUGAACUUCUUGGCAAAAGUCUUAAACAUAGGUGAAUUUAUGUCUGUGUAUUCACAGUGUUCUCAGGCAGCUGUGAAACUGAAUGACAAAAUCCUUCUCAGUGGGUGUCUUGUUUCCAUUGGAUUUAAACAGCUGUGUUACUAUGGCUACAAGGAUGCAUUCCGCACAUCUGCAAAAGAAAGCCUCCAGCAAGCACAUGAACUUCAAAGUGAACUUUCGAUUUCUGGUACAGAAUGUGAGGGACACUGUAAGUGCAAGCUGGGUCUUUGCACUUUCAUUUCUGGGGACAAAAAGAAAGGCAUCUCACUCAUAGCACAAGGCAUUGCUAUACGGAAGAGGAGGGUAUGCUCUGAUGGAUCUGGUAAAGUGGAACGCAUGCUUCUUGCUGGUGGCUUCUGUGAUUUAGCUAUGGCCAUGUUUGUCAGUGGAAAUUUGAGAGCUGCUGUCAACAUCUGGACAAACAUCUGUCUGGUCAGAUACAGAGAGCUACUGGGGCAACACCCCUUCACAGCCUCCUUAUUACAUUACCUUGGAGAUGCUUAUCAGUGUCUUGGUGAUCUUAAGCGUGCAGUAGCGUUCAAGAGAGAGUCCCUUGAAAUGAGGAAAUACCUUUUAGGUGACAAUCAUUUGGACACUGCCAGAGCUUACUAUGGUUUGGGAUGUGCUCUUGGAAUCCUUGGUUCAACUGAAGAAGCAUUAGAAAACAUGAAAAAAGCUCGUGAAAUUCAAAUACGUUUUGCGGCGUCUGAGCAAGAUAUCAACAAGACAAAUCAAGAAAUGAACCGUUUGAGAGGAAGAGUUACAAUGGACUUUCCAUGUUUUAAAGUGGAACAAAUGUAUAUUUAAAGUGAUAGUGAUAUAACGCAGUUCAGCCAUGAAUAGACUGAAUAGCACUCAUUUGUGAACAACCACAUCCAUGUACACGAAUUUACUCUAGAUUUCAGAUCUCUAUGUGGAGAGACCACGCCCACAAUAGCGCAAUAGGGAGAAAGAACAUUGUCUUAAUGCAACCAUCUUUUUUUCCCUGGUGUCCAGUAAUUUUGUUAACAAAUGGUUGUAUGGUUAAUUGUUUUUAUAAAACAAUUUUGCCCAUUAAAUCUUAAGUUGACGUA